AUGGGAAACUUGACCAGGUACAAGUACAAGAUUUCCCUCGUGGUUUUGCUCAUUGUGUUUUUCAAGUUCUUGCAGUACAAGUACCGGAAAUACCAAUUGCUGCUUGUUAAAGUGGACAUUAUAUACCAAGAAGUCAUCAGCAAAUUGACGACGCAGUUGAGACUCUCAAGAACCAGUAGCAACAUCAAGCCAUUCAUUGGGUCGAACCAGUUGAGAGACCUCAUUUUGGGCAACGAGCAUAAUUUGGGCGAGAGGUUGCGAUUGUGGAACCAGGUGAGCAAUAAGAUUGAAAACAAUACAAACGUAGCUACUAAUGUUGUUGAAGAUCACGGCGAAAUAAUGAAAGUAUGGGAGUGGGUAAACGAAUUGUCUUUAGAAGGGUGUAUAGAUUAA